AUGUCAGACGCACAGCUUAAAGCGCAGAAAAGACAGGAGAGACUGCUCGCCAAGAGUACAGAUAGACUGGCGAAGCUGACGGGAGGAUCAGCAGACAGAGUGGUCAGUGAUACAGGUGGCAGAGAGAAAGUGGAAAAGGGCUCAGAUAGCGUAGGAAAUACAGGCAAUACACUCAAAUCAAACGUGGAAGAUCCAGGUGAUAUCGACCUCGCAGAUAUUGCUGGCCAGACAGCCAGCAUGGAUGAGGUGGAUAGCGACAAAGCUUUCAGGUCUUUGCUUGAGCAGCGCAGUGGUGAUAUACCAGAUAUACCAUCAUUUGAACAGCUGUUGCGUAGUCAGUCAACAGCACCAGAACAACAGACAGCCAUGCCGAAACCACGUAAUGAGCGUAUGUUGGCGGUAAUAAGAGUCAUGCGAGUAAUCUCUGUGGUUGGUUUGAGCGUAUUUGCAGUCAUUCACUCAAGUAUUCUGCCAUGGCAUGAAUCAUUUUCAACACUAGCUAGCGCAGAUUCAGAGAAGAGGUUGCAAGAUACAAAUGCAGAUGGUGCUGGUGUUGCAUUCUUCCCUCUUUGGUCGACCUUGUUGCCGUUGCAGAUCUUCUUCUACGUCCUAACUUCACAUCUCUCUCCAGAAAGCCAGACAAAGUUCAAAAGGCUACCCGAAUGGGCGCAAGGGCUGCUAGAAUCACCAUUAGUACCUAGAUGGAUAACUAAUGUGUUUAGAUGGUUGAAGAUAGCCAGCCAUUUCCUCGAUGACCUUGCAUUGGCCGUUUUUACCAUAGUUGCGAUUGAAGUUGUAUCAGAAUACAUGUAG